AUGAAACGGCAAUACAAGGACGACGACGAAAAGCAGAUAGACCUCUAUAUGAGAUGUAUUUUGGUAAAUAUAUUUAUGAAGAAAAUAAUGGGCAUGAAGUGUUUAAAGCGACCUGGUGGACACUUUGCAUUUGGUUUGGCGAAAGGCCUAAUACACGACGUCCACCGGCAAGCGCUGGGUAAUGUUGCAUGCGAGUGGAAGGAUGCAGACAAAGGGGGAGACGCACAGGGCAAAAGUGCACAGGAUAGGGAUUUGUGGGAUAUAAUGCAAAGAUGGAAUGAAAAUAAUAGACUGAAAAUAGGGGAUGGGGAUUGGGGAGUGUUGGGGGCAGGAUGUCAUGUGGAGAAGAAAGGAAGGGCGAAAGUUGGGGAUGCAGACGACAGCAAGGACUUGAAGGAGAAAGUGAAGGAAGAGAUAAGCAACGUGCAGGAGGAUAUAAAAGUGAAAGUGUCGAAAAUAUUAAAGGGAAUAGGAGUUUGUAGUGAUGGGGAUGACAAUUGUGUAAAGAAAUUAUUAGAGCAGGAGAGAGAUAGGGAGAAGAACGACCAGGACUCCCGUUCAAAGGCUCUAGGCGAUAACGGACCGUCACAGGGGGACGUGAAAACAUCAUCAACAGCAAGGCCACCACGGCCAUCCAGACCGACCGCAGAACCGUCAUCGCCAGGAGUAGGAACCGCAGGGUUACCAGCGGUAGGAACAUCCGACACAAAGGCCACCCACAAACCCGCCCUGGCCAAACCAGCACCCGCUAAACCCGCCCCGGCUAAACCAGCACCUCCUGCCAAACCAGUAGCGCCGAAACCGGCAACAGCGGUGGUAACGACGACGACCUCAUCUGGUGGUGGUGGUCGUAGUGGUGGUACCAGUGGUGCUGGUAGUACCGGAGGCGGGCAGGCGAAGAAGGCCGAGACACAGGAGAAGUGUCAAGGGCAGACAAUAUUGGACUGGAGGCCUACGCUAAUCUACGUGGAGCAUGGUUAUAGUGUAAGCAACAGUACACAGAGAACGCACAAGCAAGACAGAAAAAGACAGAGGCAUAAGCACGACGCAUAA